AUGACGAAUCUUCACGACGACGAAAUCGAUCAAUGUACUUCUAAAGAACCCGAAGAGGCCGUGCCUGAAGAUAAGCACUCGAAAGCACUGAAAAAGAAAGGUGGCCGACCCAGAAAAGAGGAUCUGAUGCAGGUUCGACACUCGAAACUCGUUUAUGGUGAAAUUCCAGAUGACAGUGAAGAGCUGAGCUUGGAGGCGAAACUAAAACGCGAUAAACGACGGAGGGAUAAUCUGCUUGCAGCGGCACGAUAUCGACACAAGAAAGACGAACGAAUCAACGAGUUACGAAAAGGGAAUGAACAAUUGACUCGAAUGUUUGUCGCGUUGACAGCAGCGAUCAUCUCAAGUAAAUUUGUAUCGGUCAUAGCGUUCCAUGCGCAUUCAUUUCAUCCACCUACUGUACUGACGUAUCUUAGAGAAGGAACAUGA